AAAGCGGAAGUGAAAUGCCGGAAGUCUUGCGAUGGCCGAGGUGAUGUCGGUGGCGGACGGUCGGGCACGGGCGGCGCGCACCUUGUUAAAUCAGCUGGUUCUCCCCGGUGAGGAGCUGGUGCUGCCGGAGCAGGAGGACGUCGACAGCCCUGCCAGAGCCGGGGAGCAGCCUUUACUUCUGAACGCGACUGCGCGCGCGCGCCUGCGCGUGGUGUGCGGCCCCGGCUUGCGGCGGUGCGGGGACCGCCUGCUGGUCACCAAGUGUGGGCGCCUGCGGCACAAGGAGCCCGGCAGCGGUGGUGGCGUGUACUGGGUGGACUCCCAACAGAAGCGGUAUGUACCAGUGAAAGGAGACCAUGUGAUUGGCAUAGUAAUAGCUAAAUCUGGAGAUAUAUUCAAAGUUGAUGUUGGAGGGAGUGAGCCAGCAUCUUUGUCGUACUUGGCAUUUGAAGGUGCAACUAAAAGAAACAGACCAAAUGUACAGGUUGGAGAUCUCAUCUAUGGCCAAUUUGUGAUUGCUAAUAAAGAUAUGGAACCAGAAAUGGUCUGUAUUGACAGCUGUGGACGAGCCAAUGGGAUGGGUGUGAUUGGACAGGACGGUCUGCUUUUUAAAGUGACUUUGGGCUUAAUUAGAAAGCUAUUAGCUCCAGAUUGUGAAAUCAUACAGGAACUAGGAAAGCUCUAUCCACUGGAGAUUGUAUUUGGAAUGAAUGGAAGAAUAUGGGUUAAGGCAAAAACCAUUCAGCAGACUUUAAUUUUGGCAAAUGUUUUAGAAGCUUGUGAACACAUGACAACAGAACAAAGGAAACAGAUCUUUGCCAGAUUGGCUGAGAGUUGACAUAUGUAGACUUCUUUAAAGGAUCUGCUGAGAUGGGACUGUGGGUUUUCUGGGGAAAUUUUUUUUCAGGUGACCCUCUUUCUACUAAAUCUUCUGAAGAUGCAAAUUGUUGUACUAGAAUCCAAUAAAAUAUUUUUAUAAGAAA